AUGAUGCUGUCGAGACUCCGCGCUUCGAAGUACUUUAACGAAUAUUUUAUUUGGCCUCAUUUGGUAAAAAUAAAAAAUUGCACAUUAGUUAAACAAAUAACAUUUCGUCUUAAUUGCGUUAUAUUAAUAUGCCGUAGAUAUUUAAACUUCUUUGACCUAUGCGCAUAUUUACAUGUACACGUUGUGCAUACUUAAACGCCACAGUUAUUUCAUUGGUACUAUAACGGGUUUCCUAAGAUAGUGCAUCCCAGUCUUUGUAUAGAGGGUUUUCAUGUAGGAUUUUAUAAAAUAGCGUUCUUGCCGACAUAUAUGCGUGAACAUGUUAUUGAAGUAUUUGUAUAAAUAAUCUUAUCUUUAAUAUGUAUUGGUGCCCAUUGCACUAUUCGAAAAGGUGGGAACUGUGAAGGAAAGCAUAUAUGCUUGAAUAUUUACCAAAUUUCCCGCUAACGUUGCAUGCGCAUACGACGUGAUGUCAUGUCUGACCCUACCUUGCCAUAUAUUUCCAGCUGGAUGUGUUUAACCCAUUACACUGGCCACAACUGCAACCGUAUUCUCAUUCACAAACCCCAAAUAUAAAUACAUCUGCGUGAAAAUGUGCAGUUUCACUCGUUCAGUCAUCACAUAUCGUCAUUGGACAACGGUAACUGAAAACAAAUCACUGUACGGAAAAUAUGUGUAAAAAGGGGAUUAGGAAAAAGUCAUUGUCCAUUUAAGCGGAACAUAUUAACAGAUGAUGUCAAAUAGAGAGGCAACAGAGGACAUUAUUUGUAGAACAGACACUUCGUAUAUAAUCAAGGAAGACGAAGGAAAAGGUGUAGUAAAUGAAUUAUGGCAGUCAGAAAAGGGCGGUAUCCUACUUCAUUAGCUGAAACAGAUGCCACUAUGCACGGUCGAUCUCCAGUAUGUACGAAAUUAUCAGGUGACUCAUUGGACAACACAUACUCACUGUGGAAGAUUGCGGUUAAUCCGUUAGGUAGCUGAAGCGACUGUACAACUCCCUUAACGUCGUCAAAAAUCAUGAACUUGUUAGCAACUUAGGCAGGCGUCUUUCAUUGAGGUGCCUUAACACUUGUACCGCCAUGUUUUUGGGUCCUUUUAUGCCGUUCCGAACUGUUUGAAAAAUUGGCUUUAUUUGAAAUGAGGCCAUUAUAUUGAUCGAUAAAUCCUCAAAAGACGAUCUUCCCAUGUGAUGUAGUAUCUGGGUUCGCAGUCGAAAUGAUCUGUCGUCCCGCAACCGAACACUGGACAUGGGGAAUGUCAUGCGGUUGGCAACGGGUUCCCCAUGUGAAAACACCCGAAUUGAUUUCUGUUUUCUGUACAAAACAACAUACCUGUCGAAUUCAUAAUACAUAUUGGGGGCUUGCAUUUGUAUAACGUUGGAUCGGACAGGUCUUUCGCAGACAAUACUUGUUGAGACUACCUUCACAACUUCGUCUGUCAGUGAAUUGUUCAGGCCAUUAGUCAGAAAUUCCCUAACUUCUGACACACAAUCGACCAGGACGUCGUCCGCAGGUUGGGCUUGCUCGAACCGGAGAACACACCGAUAACAAAAGAUUGUCCAACAACCGGGUGCCUUAUACGGCAAAGUAUAGGCCACAAUCAUUCAGCAGACCCUUUAAAAACCUUCGUCCCCUCAAUGUGCGGCUGCACGUGGAUUAUUGGGAUUCGUGUUAUCGGCCUGAGGCCCAGGUCAUGCAGUAGACCCCGAGCAAGGCCAACGUUCGAGGCGUUUGCAAUGGGGUCCGCGGACAAAUAUCGCAUUCGGGGCUGCCAGUUGUGAUAGGCAUAUAGUGGCCUAGAAAUUGCAUCCUCCAAAUACUGCAACGCGUGGGCAAUCUACUAUACUUAUCUGACUGUGUCUCUUAUUAUGGGUUUGAGUGACAAUCAGGAGCGGCAGAUUUAACAAAACCCUUGUUCCAGCGACCGUGUCUCCUCCUUCUUUCUUUUUGCAUUUGAAGUUCUUGUUGACCUAGAUUUGAGAUAUACACAUUGUGUGCGCUUAACCCGUCUUUCUUGUUUGCAUGGUGCCCUUCCUGGUUUGAGAUAUACAAAACUUUUAAAAUCCAAUAGAAAUCUUCUUGUUUCCAUAAAUGUUUCAUUCUAGCAGGAGCUCAUUGUAAAAAUUAGAUUUAUUUGCAGUACAGACAUUCAACGAGUAUUUUAUCAGAUUAUAAACUCUCUCUCUAUCUUGAAUCUAACCGAAGGCUUUUUCAUUGUGUUUAAGUCACGUUAUGUUGGGAGCACAUUUAAACGAAUUGAAUAAAUGUUCUUCAGAGUGCUGAAAAUGUGACCCUUUUGAAUACGUCAGCGCAUUCACCAAACCGUUCCACUGACUGUGCCAGCACUUUAGAAACACUCUUUGAGCGGUUUUCAUAAAACCAGUGCUGAUUCUGAUCUUCUGGUGUUCCAUGACAUCUAUGUCAUCUGAAACUUACCUUAGCAUCAUUACUUUGAUACUCCAGAUCUGACUUAUCGCACGAGCUAAAGGUGCAGCUGACAUCCUCUGGGCUUUCAUCAAUUUUCGGAAAGAGUAAAUGCAAAAGAUUAUAAACUUUGUCGCCGUUGAUGAAUUCAAAAGUGGGAAUGACAAAGGUCGGUUACAACUAUGAAGUUGAAAAUUUAACAUAAUGCUUUUAAAAUGGAGAAACCUUGACCUACAAUAGCUUUUUAAGACCGUCUUAUGAAAAUCUAAAUGGUAAAUCCUGUUUUAUUUGGGUACUUCUUUUUGUUCGUGUUCUCCAUAGACUAUUCACACAGAUUGCUCAACGUUCAAAUCACAGUUCGCAGUCCGUACCAAGUCUGGCGCUCUUGGCCGUAGGAAGCCCCUUAAUAUUUCGUCAGCUCUUCGAUCCACAAUCUUCGACCUAUACUUAUUUGAUUGGUGAUGCUCGGUCCCGCGAGGCGCUCAUUAUUGAUCCAGUUCUGGAAAAAACCGAACGAGACGUUGACAUGGUGCGUUUGAGCUUUUUAAUAAUCGUUUAUGCCUACUUUUUAAUCCCACUAUCAAUUUCAUAUCAGGGAUUUAGUACAUUUGCAAGAAGUAUGGUCAGAUUCUUGUUCUACAAAACAAUCCUUUCGUCUUCGCUUUCUUAUGUAAGUUUCAGGUGCACGUUUUCCAUUAAAUAAAGACGUUCUGGGCUUGCUAAAGUAUCCAAUUUUAAAAUAAACAAAUUAAAUUGCCUACAUUAGUCCCGAAUGAAGUGGUGUGGACACUGAUCCCCACUCAGUGUAGUGUAGGCCAACUAUCAUUUGCUAUAAGAAGUGCUUAUAUUAAGGUGCUGUGUGGUGUUAUGUUUUAAUUAGCUGCUGCUUUGAGAUCGAUAAUUUUAUAAUCUCUAUGUCUCGGAGGUGUCUGGAUGUGCCAUGUUUGAAGUCAGAUUAGCCCCGAAUGGGUUACACCGUUCUGUAGCAUACUUUUGCCCAGGCCCCCUAAAACGGCAAGAUUCUACGAGUCUAGCCGAAGUAAAUUUCUUCUGUUUAACCUGUUCACUUUUUUAGCCACCUUCCAGACAGUUGGUGGAACAAUGCUGCGAAUGACUUACAGUUCCUACAAAGCGAUACUAAGGGCUUUUUUCCUAAUAAUCGGUUUGCCUAAUGUUAAGACGAUUGCACUUACUCUUUGCUGGCCGUCGGGUUGAGACUGUUUAAGGGCUGAGUCCACACGCUCCCGCAACAUCGCCGCUCGCUGUGAAAAAUGCAUGAGCCUUUGGCCGUGGUCAUACAAAUCUGAUCCUCCCUCUCCUGGAGUUGAGUUAUGACGAGUUAUUAUGAGGACAAAUCGUGAUUUUUGAGGUUGUAUGGCUUUUUGUGAAGGUUCUAUGUCGAAGCUCCAGGGCAAAACAGAACGGGUAAUUGAGCUGAUGAACUGCUGCUUCCCCGCGACCUUGAAUUCACCCCGAUCAGGAUUCGUCUAUAAUUGGUUAUGGGCACAAUCUCGGCUGAUUCAUUGUACACUUCUUCUGUCAGAAAAUGAGAAACUAAACUUUCCAACCGCAGUAUUUAAAGAAGUCUUUAAAAAUGCUGGCUACAGUUGCGACGAGCGCCGUCUAAUUUUAAUUCACUAGACUUCAAGUCUGAGCACCACGCAAAACUUGGGCCGUUCCCUGUUCUUUUAUGAGGUUCGUUUGCGCUGCCAUGCUGACCCUCGCGGACUCCUUAAAGCGCUUGUUGAAGCUUCGCGUCUUAUAAUGUCCUCAGGCUAUCGACCAACCCCCCCCCCCCUCCCCUUAGCGCAGUGCGGUGAGGUGGGGGAAGAACAUUAGCUCCAUUCUGACAUUCCCCACAAGUGCAUGGCUUGCAUAAUUUGGUUGAGUUCCACAUGCUGUAUGAGAGUCGCACAGCGCUCGGCUAAGUUUAUUCGCACGCUCAACUAGGCAGGGGAGUUGGUGCGUUUGCACUAACCUACAGUGAUGCGGACUUGCCGUUGCAAGACAAAGUCGAGGCUGCCAAAAGUAAGAGUAAACGUACCUGACGUUAGAAGAAAUUAAGUUAUCCCUCUCGUCGACAGCACUCUCAGCCAAAUGAGUUCGAGCGCUGUACACCUAAUGCCUUCCCCCCGCUCCAUUCCCACUCGUAUUUCAGGUGAAGGCGCUGGACUUGCGCUUACUCUACGCCAUCAACACCCAUGUCCACGCUGAUCACGUGACCGGCACACAUAAGUUGAAGCAAGCUAUCGCGGGCUGCAGGAGUGCUAUCUCGGCUAUGGCUAAGGCAAAAGCCGAUGUGGUUUUCAACGAUGGUGAUAUCAUUCGCUGUGGAGGCAUUGAAUUGGAGUGCAGAAGUACGCCGGGUGAGUACUUCUUACGGACUGCAUAAAAGCGGUCCCCUUAUCAGCCUCUACGCACUGCAACUUUGGUUCGAUUCUGUUCUUGGAUGCAACAUAUUGUCCCUGUUAACGUUUUGUGCUUCCUCGAAUUCACGAGCCGACAAAACUUUGGUCGAAUAAAAUAAUCGUCAAAGACAAGGGAGAGUAGAGUGGCCAUUUCUAGCUUAUCAGCCGUCUUCAGCCAGUCAUACCCAACUCCGAAAUAUGGAACACCUGGGGCUCGAUCCCGCGACCGUUGGUUGGAGUCCAAGGCCCCUAACCACUUAGCCACGGGCUCGUUGUCCUGUCGGUUGUCAGUGGUAGAGAAGCGCUCACUGAUCACGUUACGGAACUCACUCGUCCCGUUCUGCCUCGGGGCUCUCUCUCGAGCUUCGUCAGCUCGAGACGACGACUAAUAAAGCAAAAAUGGCUAUUCUAGUCUCGCUUGUCUUGGUUGGUAAUGCUGUUCUGCCUACGUUACACGCCGCUGUGCGGCUGCGGGCAGGGCUUGAGUGAGUGAGUGAGAGAGAGAGAGAGUCCCGAGGCACAACGGCACCAGUGAGUUUCGUAGCGCGAUCAGUUAGCGCCCCUCUACCACAGAAUGCGAUCAUCGUGGCAGCUUAAAAUGCUCACAUUUCCACCCUAUCUAAGCACGAAAAUUUCUUCGGCAGCCUAAUAAAUGUCCACCGGUUGAAUUCUAUCCGUCUCCCAUGGAGGAAGCGUGACUUCGACUGACAGUUCGCAAGCCGACAAUCCGGUGUCCUUAGCUUUGACAGUCCCGUACUUUCGCCAUAUCCUUUAGCAUUGCAAGCGCUAAACCAGGCUUGUUUGUAUUGGCAAUUUACGAGCGGUUUCAUUUGUGAUUUUGGUGCUAAACAGCGCGGAUUCUGUUUAGAGGGAUAACUAGGUCGAUUCAAAUGCCUAAGUCAAGUGACAAAUCCAGCCUUUCCACGGUACAUCGUGGUUCUUUAUCACAUGCUUUAUUUGUUUUCCCUCGCACAGAACCUAUUUUCCUCGUUUCUCAUUUCGGUGUUAUUCUCUUUGCGGUUGCGCUGUUUUUCAGAUCAACAGUUUAAGUGGAUUUAGUUGUCCCACUGUUCUUUCGUUCUUCACUCGUUACAGGUGGUAUCUCCCGAGCCCUGACGAAGCCUCCUGACUUUAGUGACUUCUACCUUCUUCGUAAUCUUCUUAGUCAUUAAGCAAACAGAACCAGUGAGUGCUCUGAAGUGCCUUUAAUUUAUAAGCUCAACAUCAUCAGCCCCAUGCAAGAACCCAAUCCGGUGAUAUGGGGUUGCAUUUUGGUUUUCGUAUUCAUCACGCGCUGCUGGACAAAACUACGGCUUUAAACUUCUUUUUUUUACUGGGGAGCAAAGAGAGCAUAUGCAAAUCGAAACUCUCAACAGCUAGUGCGAAUUAUGCAUCAAAAAGCCGUCAUUAGAAGCCUAGUUGAGUACUGUUCGCAGCUACCACUCUGGCAGUAAGUAGUCAGAGUUUUGGCCAACAUUAUUUUUUUUCAAAAUUGGAUUUUAGGACCCGCGUAGCCCACUUUGCCGGCAGUUUUCAGGAUCCGCCGUUGUUUCUUACUUUGGAUGCCAAGACCUCAUCAAUUCGCCUGCAUUUUAUAAGUCGGGAAUGUAGAAUGAGAGUGGUUUCUUUCUCAGCCUCCACGUCGUGCGCAUUUGGUUAGAUUCUAUUCUAGGUUGCAACACACUGCCCAGUUAAGAACUAACGUUUCGUGCCACCUUGAGUGCAUAGGCCGACCAUAAUCCGGUCAAAUCGCAUUAUCUUUAAAGACAAGGGAGACGGGAGCGGCCAUUUCCGGCUUAUCAGCCGUCGCCAGCCAGCCAUACCUGGGGCUAGAACUCGCGACCUGUUGGUUAGAAGUCCAACGCCCCUUACCACUGAGCCACGGGUUCGUUGUCCUGUCGGUUGCGAUCGGAUAUAUAGAAUGGUAGAGAGACACCCACCGAUCACGUUACGGAACUCAAUUGCCCUGUUGUGCCAUGGGGUUCUCUCUCUCUAGUCCCUCCAGCUGCCACUUCUGGUUAGCUACCGACGGCUACUAAACUCAAAUCGGCCAUUCCAGUCUCCCUUGUCUUUGUCGGUAAUGCCAUUCUGCCUGUAUCAUGCGCCGCUGUGUGACUGCUGAUUGGGUCCCAUGGCACAACGGGGCGAGGGCAUUCUGUAACGUGAUCGGUGAGCGCCUCUUUUCCACAGCAUUUGGUCAUCGUAACAGUUUUCAAUGCGCACAUUUUCACCCUGUUUAAGCCCGUUUAUUUCUUCGUUAACUUUAGGAAUGUCCAACGCCUUAAUUCUACCUAUCUCCCCCUCCCUCUCCCUCUCUCCCUGGUCCGAACUUAGAGUAGCUGGGCAGCCCAUGCAGUCGUGUGUUUCGGACCUAGCUCUUCUUUUUUAGAGAUUGAAGUAGCUACCUAGGUAUUCCAAUAUGCAGCAACCUGCCUUUUAAUUGACAGUUCGCAGGCAUUGAAUAAGGAGAAACGAUCGCUGGGGCAAGAACUUUAUUAGCCUAACGUUUCGGAUUCCUGCUCGAAUCCAUCAUCAGAGACAAAAGCAGAUACGGGUGGUUCAUGCAUAAUGGGCAGCAGUAUUUAUAGGAUGUAGUCGCCAUGCUACCUCACCUAUGAAUAUUCACGGCUCCUCUAUCCAUCAGGGAUCGUUGCACUUGGUGUGCUGAUUGUUUGAUAGCCGACAUUUGCGUCGUUAAUUGCUGCAAUUCCAUCACGUGUGUUGGAUGUUGGUGUGAUGAUUGCUCAACCGUCUGACUUACGGACCCUUGCGUUGGGGAAAGUGUUAACCUGUGCGCUCCCCGCGUGGCCAAUUACUCCGCCUAGGCGAAGUCUCAGCACCGAGUAUGGAAUGACACGAUGAACAGGUCUUUGUCGGCCUUGAGUUCUCUAAUCGCAUCUCGUUCGACCUUGGGAAGCACUUCGCUGACAGGUAAACUGGUGCCGUUAGGUGUGACUGCCCCCUACCCUCGCCAUACCCUUCGGUGCUGCAGUCGGUGAAGUGUUUUGUUUUUCAUUGGCAGUUUAAGAGCGGUUUCAUUUGUGUGUGUGUAUUGUUGGCGAUUGUGGUAGUAAAAAGCUGGCAUUCUGCUUGGACUGGCAAAUAGGUCGGUCCAAACACCUAAAUCAGGUGAUAGGACCGACCCUCCCGCGAUGCAUCAUAGUCCUUUUUCAUGUUAAAUUUGUUUCUCGUCCCUCAUUUCGACGUUAUUUUCGUUACGGUUGUGCCGUUUUUCAGACCAGCCGUUUAAGUAGAUUGAAACGCUCCAUUGUUCUUUCGGUCUUCGUCCGCGACAAGCCCUGGCGAAACCUCUUGACUUCAUCGUAGUUUUUGUAGUCAUUAAACAAACGGAAGUAGUGAGUGCUAUGGAGUGCUUCUAGCCUAUAAACUCAACAUUUUCAGCCCCAUGUAAAAGCCCAAGCGGGUGGCAGAAGGUCGUAUUUUGAUUUUUGCGUGGUGAAUCGUGAGCAUGUUGCCUCAUCCGGGGAUACUCAGCAUUCGUUGUGCGCUGCCGAAUAAAGCUACGGCUCUAAAUUUCCCUUUUUUUUACUUGGAAUGGACGCGUAAAGCAAAAUGAGCAUAUGUUAGUCGAAACUGUCAAUAGUUAGUGCGAAUUCUGUGUUUAAAAACCACCAUUUGAAGCAUGCCAGUUCGACCGUCGCAUCUGACGAUGUCCACUGUGUGCUCCACAUCAAGAUGGGGCCGGCACUGUAACUUGCGCGUGAAUUAGUUUAUAGUGAGAGUGGACAUGCGCUGCAUCUUCCGCACUCUCACAUUCUCCUCCACCAUCUGAGCCCGGUGUCAAGUCAGAGUCAAGAAGACCGGAGGCGGGGGGCGCGGCCGAGCCCGCACCUUGGCGCUCCACUCUACAUUGCCUGGUCUACACAACAAAUCACCAGGAUUUUAACGAACAACAAAAACACGACGUGCCAGAAGGCGAGAGAUGAUUGGGUAAUCAUGCUCACGACGGCGAGAGCGCAAACGUAUCUACCGGCAGGGGACCAGGUGUCGGAGAACUGCCAGCGCAUACCAGACUGCGAGGGCCGUGGUUUGCUGAUCCUGGUAUAGCAGAUGCUUGCAGAUAUUUUAUUAGAAGCUUACCUGAGUAAUGUUUAAAACUACCAUGCUGGCAGUAAUUGGUCAAUUGUGAACUUGCGUAGUCCACUUCGCCGACAAUUUUUGAAAUUCAUUGUCAUUUUUUUCACUCUGAAUUCCAAAAGACCACCAAUUGGUCUGCUUUUUCCAUGCUGAGAAUGUGAUGUCGGGCAGCUUCGUAGGCCUUUGGAAGGUCGACUCGGCGGUUGAUUGAGUUUGCGCGUCAUUGUCCUCCGAACCAUUCUGCCUUCAGCCGGUCCCAUGCGCUGUCAUAAACCAAUUUGCUAGUCGCAUCUCUCUGGGAUCGCACGUAGAGGCGCACAUCCUUUCGUUUUCUCCUCGUCACUAGUAAUCUGUGGUUAGUGCCACAAUAAUUGGCCUGGCAAUUAGUGUGGUAGAUAAUUGUCGACAGGUUCCUGGGCCACAGCUGGUCCGUAGACUAUAAGACCAUGCCGCUGAUCAAUACCUUAGGCCUGCGCCCGGGUUUAGUGUUAAUUAGCCUAAGCCUGUGUCCGCGCCCCUACAACGUGGCAUGCGGUGGAUGCGCUGGACUAAAAGGGAGGGUGGCUACAUUGGGGCACAGCCUCAUAACGCCACUCGGGCCCCAUUCCCGUAUCAGGUGACUGAUCGGCUGGGGCAGCGGACUGGUGUCAGGUGGAGGGAAGAGCAGAGUCGAUUCUGGCACCUCCGCCCUCACGGCACUCAGUGCAUAUCCGUCACUGUAAACAAUUUGACUACGGGGCACUAGAAACCGUAAUUUGGAGGGCUGUCAACUGACCGGUGGGCCAGGCUGCUUUUUCUCUGGCAAUGCCGCUCAGUUGGGACCCGCCCCCUCUUUUGCUUCUUUGAAAACCUGGCCCAUAGUGUGCGAGCCAGGCGGUGCGUAGCACGCGUAGACGGGUCGCUCGACUUUGUCAGCCAUCGCGCCCCAACCCGCCCCCCACCUCCUUGACACCGGGUUUGGGCGGGUGGGCAAGAAAAUAGCGCGGUAGAUGCAGUGCUUGUCAGUUGUGUCUGCUUUUUUUCUCCAUAAGAGAUGAUUUGAUCCUUUUUCUGACUGGGAGUCAGACUGAAAGAACUCCUUAACGAUGCCCUGACGGCAUCCUGUGUGUGAUCCGAGAUUUUAAAGUCGGAGUCGUUCGAAUGUGGGAUGAGCACAUGUAGACAGUAGCUUGUCGCCGGGUUGGCUACAGCACACACGUUCACCUCUGGUCAUCUCGACCCUACAUUGCCAUUAAGGUGUGUGGGCGUGUGAAGAAGACGGGAUGAAGUAGGUGCAAAACAAGUCCCGCUUAUCAUGCAGGCUGACCCAGCUGUAAGUGAACCUUAAUUAUUGUGAAAAGUCACAAAUAAAUGGUACAAAAUGUUAUUACAUAGCGUUACAGCAAACGUUGAAAAUUUAAACCCUCGAAAGGCCUUGUUUACAUCACUGUCGGUGUGCAUGACCUUGUCCUUGUUUUAGCCAAUUUUGAAUUCAUUAUCGCCCUCUAUAGUUCGAGACAUGGCCUAAACACGGUGCACUUUGAGAAUCAGAGGACGUGUUCAUCGUUUUAAAAAUGAUUAUUUAUCGAGCCAGAGACCACUGGAAUGAAUCAUUUGAUACACCACCUCCAUCUAAACCGACAAUCCAAACUGGUAAUACUGCGAGCGCGGAUAAACCUGAUGCGCCAUAUUAAGCCGGGGACGUGCAAAAAGUAACUGAUUCAACCGUUGAACGAUGUCGCAACUGUAUUACAAAUAAUGGUCCAAAUUCUGAACAUUUGUUGUUACUUUGUGGAAUAAACUUUUGUUCCACUUAUUUGUAACUUUUAAUAAUAAUUAGGGUUUGGUUACAUCUGGGCCAUCAUGUACACUUACUUUAAAUAUCGCUAAAGGCUCCUCACAGCCAUUUAAUAUCACGAGUUUUUUCGACAAAGGCAUGUGAAAUCCCGAUGGAAAUAAAACUAAGGCUGCACCGUGUUGCUCGUGCAUUCGUAAAAUUCUCUGAAAUGGACGAAUGCGGGUUAAUCCCGCAAAUAGACUGGGAACGACGGUUUGUCAACAGUCUAAGGGCUCGCCGGUCAACAUCUGACUCUAUUUUCGGGGUCAGCAGUAAUGUAGUGGACAGCCAUAAUGGCUACGUCGCGCUACUCGCUAGCACCUGCACCUACUUUCUAGCGACAGCCUGCUAUGGCACGCACGUCUGCCCGGCUUCGAUUUGUCUCGUCGCAAUUCACUGUCUGCACCACGCAUUUGGCCGAUUCUCUGUCUGCACCGCGCGAGGCUUGUCACUACCUUCGCGUGGGCUCGGAGCCAAUCAACGCAUCUCCUAUCGCUGAUUGGUAAGACAGGCGGGAACAGUCCAGAACAAUAGAGUAGACAAUCUGCAACGACAAUUUUGCAGCGGCAACCUUCGGCGACACAGGGCUCGUCGCUCUCGCGGACGCCGCCUCCGCGGCGCCGGACGCAUCCUCGUCCGGUUGCCAACUUUUCCCUUCACUAUUCUGUACAGAAUAAAGUGUCCUAACCAAAUGGUGUCCUGCUUCUAACAACUUGGGAUAUGGCCUGAAGUUGUGGCGUACUGAGUGUACACCAUCACCGCUUAGCCGCUACAGUAAUGGGGCAAAGCCAAUUAUGUCGGUGUAACUAGCGAAAAGUCCAGUCAGGAAUCUAUGAGCACAACGUAGCUUUAAGGCUGUAAGGUCAACUUUCUUCAGCGCAGUUUCGCCUCCGGACGCGUGAAGACCUUGAACCAAUAAGCGGACUGGAUUUCGUGACUGUCAGAGAAAGCGUGACGUUCGACCGAUAACUCAGCCAAUGGACAUAUCGGCUUUCGACCAGGCGCUAAUUAACGAAUCAGAAGCUCGGGUGAAGGCCAUUUGCUACCCAGUUAAUGCUCAGCGAUUUUGUUUAACCUUGACGAUAGACUCGAGUGCGGCUCUGACUCGUCGGCUGAAUAAACAGCUAAUCCCAGAGUUCACUGACCUCGACCGCGCGCGUUUAAUAUCAGAUGAAAUAGCCUUCUGCUCACAUGUAAGUUGAAAAUUCCAUUUUUGCUUGCCAGUUCAUAUUUUGUAAGUAUUCGUGCCUGUUUCCUACUUCAGGCCAUACACCGGGCUGCACAACCUUUGUGCUGCAUUCUGCUGGGGCGGCAUUUACUGGUGAUGCGUUGUUGAUUCGUGGCUGCGGUCGCACCGACUUCCAGGAGGGUUCCGCGGACCAGCUCUACGACUCCGUCCACUCCAAAAUCCUUUCUUUACCUCGUAAUUACUUGCUCUUUCCGGCGCAUGACUACAACGGUCGCGCGAUGACCACUGUGGACGAGGAACUGCGGUUGAACCCCAGGUAGGCCAACUAACAUCAUCUUCUUUGCCCGCACCUACGCUUCCAAUGUGCGUUGGUUGAGUGAGUCCUAGGAUGAACAUCUGGAAAGGGAACGCAGAUCGCUGGAACAACUUCCCAGGUUGACUGUGAUCCCCAAAUAUAGGGGUCCGCUGACCAAAAACCGAAUUUGGCCGUGCACGGCCGUCCCUCCUGCCUUUUUCGUCGUCGCCACAGCGGGGACAUGCCCGUGUGAUGAGUCAGCACCCUGUGGGGCCAAUUAGCUCAUCAGACGGGCGCGUCGUCACCACGCUAUCAAAGCGAAGAGGUGGCGUCGUGAACGUCAGUGCGGACAGCAAAAAAUCGAUAGUCGCUGGGUGCACCAAUGCCGAAAACUCUUCACGAGUUCAAUCCGAUAUUUGCUAGUAAUAGCGAAGAGGCGAGUUCCAUGAAGUAGUCGCAGAGACGGAUACUCGAUCGCUGGAACAAGUGCUUUAUUAGCUUGACGUUUCGGAAUCUCACGUGCGGAUAACCUCUGUCCCCGGUAUCAAUUUCGGUCGGCCAAACCACCCAAGAGUCUACACGGAUGACGGAAUCCGGCAGUGAGCCAUUCGGCGGCGUGCGAUGAGCGUGGGAGUCAAUGGUCUUGACCGGCACACAGGCGUAUAGCAACUGCAUACUUCAACAUCUGGCCAGUCGAACCGUUAUGUACUCUUGAACUGCCAAUUGUGAUAGGCAUGUAGCGGCCUAGCAACUACAUCCUAUAAAUAUUGCAACACCUGGGCAAUCCACUACUCUUAUCUGGCUCUGUCUCCGAUGAUGGGGGAAUGAGAAUCCGUAACGUCAGGCUAAUAAAUCAUUUGUUCCAGUGAUCGUGUAUCCUUCUCCGCCUCACCUCGAUAUUUUUUUGCGCAACGCGGACAGUGAUCAGCAAGUCCAACUGUGUGAAACGUCCGCCCGACUUGGUGCUCAUUCUCGCCUUUUCCCCUGAACCAAUCUGCAUAGUGCUUUCUCCAAGGUUGUUAAUUGCACAUUUUACUUCGUAUCACUAUAUUAUUGGCGAUCUGCGAGCAAGUAGGUAAUUAUGUUUCUUUACCUAUCCUCAAAUGAACACGCGCAAGCAUCGGUUACGCAGUCCAGGUCCCAAGUGUAAACGCAAUGUGGACAGUGAAAUUAAAGUGAGCCGACGGAGAAUGCUGAAGUCGUUAGUGGGAAAGUAGCCAAAACUAAAGCGGAAAAGGGCAGCCUGGUGUUUCGGCUAAGAGUUAGGGUUAGUUUUAGGGUCUGGUUUAGUGUCAAGCAGAGAAUACAGUCUAGGGUUAGGGUUUGUAUUAAGUGCAAAGGUUCCGGUUAGAGUUUAGUGUUAGGUUUCCAUUUACGGUUAAGGUUAAGCUUAGGGUUUGGGCUAGGGUUUUUGGUAGGUUUAUGGUCGGGUUUAGUGUCCAGUCUAUGGUUAGCGUCAGGUUUAGGUUUACGUUUGAGGCUACGUUCAGAAUUAACGGGGUAAUGCUGCCCCGCGUGUCCUGUCAGCCAGGUCUUUUGCUGGGAUUCUGGGAUUCCUUCAUUCCCGCGGCAGAAUCGCCAUACAUCAGGUUGUCCUUUUCCGUUUUAACUUCAGCUACUUUCCCACUAACCAUUUCAGCAUCCUCCUUCGGCUUAACUUCCUUUCAAUGUCCGCCAUUGCGCUUACAUUUGGGACACGGACAGCGUAACCGAUCGCUGCCGAGUCCGGUUACAACAGUGUCCAAAGAUGGUUCGUUCUGGGCGCCUUAUCGUUCGCAUUUCUUGGUUUCGUUCGUCACCCUGUAAGACCAUGUUGGUUUCCGUUCUGAGAAAUCAGCCUGCGGUUUGGUUUACCUCUGCAUCUUACAUCUAGUGUUAGAACUCCGGAAUGAAGGGCGUCCUCUGCCUUUCUCUAAAACUUGCGCCCAACGUCCACAGAUUGUUCGUGUGUCUGGUUGUACUGGCUUGUAGCUGCCAGCCGCCUUUAACAUACUCCUUCGGAUGACCUGCAACAUGCUGGCAGUAAUAAUCAGACCCCUACGACGGGCUGCGCUCUGAACUGCAUGGCUCCUUCUUAAUGUGGCCUCCUCGCUUAAGUGAGAUCCCAGCCCCCCAUAGCACCUGGUAGACGGAAACUCGGCAUUGUCACUGCACCUAACCUCAUCCCCGGCCGACUUGCCUCGGACAAACUCCUGGUAAAUGCGAGGGCGACGAGGGAUUGAGGCAAUGCAGCUCACAUCCGGCCUCACAUUCCUCACUAUAGGCAGCCAAAGAUGCUUUCAAACUUCCGCGACUUGCAGACAGUCGGAUGGUCGCCCAACUGACGGGAUGACUCAUGUUUAAUUCUCACUAAGGGUCGGACUUCGUUCGCUCCCUCCUUACGUGACCUUUAUGGUAUUAUAAUUUGUCCAAAGUCUUGGCCGCUUGUGGAAUCCUCUUAGACAGUCGGUUAGUUGUGUCUCGGUUGCAUGGGUGCAUUUCUUCUUCUUUGAAGAUCUACCAUAGUGAUGCGUGUUCCUUUAUCCGGCCUAGCCACCAAUAUGCACUUGUCCCCUCGAAACUGUUUUAAGUCCUCUUGGUGAGCAGUCCUCGACUUUCCGUCCCCUUGUUCGGAUAUUGAUAAAUACAAUUAACUAACGUUGACUUAACUGUUGAAUUCCGUCUGUGGAAGUGGGCUUUAGGUCGUGGGUUUGGAUUCAGAGACUCAAGCUGGGUUUCUAGUGCCUCAAGCAACUUACUCUCUACUGCUCUCAUACAAGUGGUUGUGUAUACACCGAACUUCGUUGCGGUUCAGGAUUUCUCCGAGGAAGCGAAGUCCUCUUCGCCCCUCUACGUCUUCCUGCUACGGGCUUGGUGUAAGUGCCAAAUGCUAGUCACCUCUCCUCUGUCAGGGGGUCGAGAACGACUGCGUGUCGUCAAAAGUGACGUUCUUGUAUUUCUACACACGGCCUUUCCAGUCGAUUUCCCUCGUAUCUUCUCAGGUUGUCGGCGGCAAUAACUGUACGACUCCAAUGCAGCGUUCUACGGUCGGGGUUAGAACAUUCAUCCCUCUCCAUACGCAGUCCCCAAAAAAUUUGGCCAAUACUUUGGGCUCCACAGUCGGCCAAACAGUCUUCUGAGCUGUCCAAUGGGGAUUUUCGUAACCUUCACUCACUCUUGGUCGGAGAAACCUCUCGCCCCUGCGUAAGGCCUGAUGCGUGUGAAUUUUGAGACCAGCUCGCGUGCGGUACGCGUAGACGGUCUCGGUGAUUUUGCUGGCCGCCCAUCUACGUUACUUUGACUUCGUCCUGUCAUCGAACCAUGGUAUUUGUGGGAUGAUCGAGUGAGGUAGAUAAGAGUUUGACCAUCAUGACCGACGAUGCCCACCGUGUGAGAGCAGGCACGGUGACGUGUGUAAAUUAGUUUAUAGUGGCAAUAGACUUGCACAGCAUCACCCGAAUUCUCUCCCCCUUUUCCAUCUGGGCCCGAGGUCAAGACAUAAUCAAGAAAACCGGUGGCGGGAGAGGACGCAGGUGGCUGGCGCGGCCGGACCCGUACCUAGGCGCACCAUCACACCCCCUGAUGCACAACAAAGGUUUGAUCAGGAUUUUAACCAAUAACAACAAGAGUGACGGCUGGCACGGCCGGAGCCGCCUUUAGGCGUGCUGUCACGCCCGGCUCGGAUCCCACGGAAUGGGAGUGUCACAAGGGCCAUAUUAAGAAGGAGCCAUUGCGGCCUGACUCUCAGACCCCCAGUCCGCAACCUCACACUGCACUGACUGCGAGGUCCAAGUUAUCCCGUCUGUAGGCAACCUUCCAGGCCACGGCUUUUAGUGCAUCGUGGCAUAUUCAAGCACUUCUUAUUGUUUAUAGCUCGGAAAAUGCGCUGAGUUGUCGACCUCACUCUUCCCAUUCCCUGGCCCCAGUCACUGUCCGAGCCGGUCAGUUUACAGGUGCGGAGAAUGGGCGUAAUGACUGACAUACCUAGUGACUUCGUCUGCGCGUGCAGCAUUCACGACCUGGCCACCAAAACACAGGCCUAAUUGAGGUAGAUACUGCGCAAGUCACGACUGUGUCUUCGAGGUACUGGUUGAUCUCAUCGUCUGAAAUGGUCGGACUACCAUUCUCUCGCUCAAACCAACUUGGGGUUGGACACAGGAAUAGGGACCCCUCCCCCCGAUAAUGGUAGGAUUAGGGCUAGGUGAGUGAGGAUUAGAGUUCGGACACGGAAUAGGGAUUCUCCAGCAAUUCGACUCGGGGCUACCUGUUAAUACUUAGGGGUUCGUACUCCCGUGCUCGACCCAACUGAAGAGUCGGCGGCUGUACAUCUCAAAAGCAACAUGCGACGGUUGCUGUCAUGCUGUCGUGAAACGCCGAGUCUCAUGGCAGCAUUCCGCCUGCAAGUUCUGAAAUGCACACCAAUGGCACCCAAAUUUAAAUAGCCUGUGAAGGAGUCUCUGAAUGGUGGCGCCAAUGGUGACUUGAGCACAGUGAUCACAUUGCUGUGCGUGGAUUGAACCUCUGGGGUGGUUAUUCAACUUGAAGACUUGUCAGGUCGCCUUUAGUUGACCUGGCUGAGAACUGACAGCAACGUUUGUUUACAUGAAUAAAUUUCCCGAAGGCCUAAAGCAGUGUCUGGCAAACCCUUUAAGCCCUCGGCACACUGGCAAACAUUUGAAGACGAACAAAACGUUUCCUAAGUUUUAGAAUUGCUUAUUUUCAUUUGCUCAAAGUAUACAAUCUUAAUAAUAAAGAAAAUGAAGCAGAUAGACCUUUAAAUGGCUAAUUUUCAUGAGCAUGUGACACUUAAAUUACAUAAGAAUAAUCAUAUAAUAUGCGGUUUAUACUUUGCGGAUUUUUAAUUUUCUCGGAGUUCUGGACAACAAGACCCGCGAUCGAUGAAGGCUCACCGUAGUCCCAAUUAAAAAUCGUCCGCGUAGUACAGGUUUGUCGAUCCGACAACAUUAUCUUUGGACCGCGUCGCCGAUGAUCAGACAGCCAGGCUCCCCUAAAUUCCAGCAAUGUUUCCUCGUUCUCAAAACGCCUAUUUGCAACCCUCAAAUUUACCGAAUGAAAUAUCGAUUAAUUACCCAUACAUUUCAAAUUGCCAGCUGGUAAUGUAAAUCGAUUCGGAUAUCCCCAUUAAAACCAAUUCAACUAAAUGCAACGAUAUGGAAGCUUUCGUGUGAUUAUUAAGAAAUGGAGGGUCUAUCGAGGGACAGUUAUAUCACGCUGCUUAACUUACUCCAUCGUCGGAGACGUUAAAUCUCCACCGUAACUCCGCCUCAUGACGCCAGGAAUUUCAGACAUAGUUUUCUUCCCUUUUUGUCUGUCUACCUAUUGCGGCAUUUCUGAUUUGUUUUCUUUACGUAGACUCACAAAGUCGAAGGCCGAAUUUAUCGAGAUAAUGAAUAACCUGAACCUUCCACGACCAAAGCUCAUGGACCAUGCCGUGCCGCUGAACCUGGUCUGUGGUGUCCCCAGUGAAUGA